GCAACUACAACCACAACCACAGUUCCUCCAACCACAACAGCUUCUCCAACCACAACAACAACUGCUCCAACCACAACUACGGCAACUACAACCACAACAGCUGCUCCAACUACAACAACUGCUGUUCAAACCACAACUACGGCAACUACAACCACAACAGCUGAUCCAACUACAACAACAACUGCUCCAACCACAACAACAGCUGCUCCAACUACAACAACAGCUGCUCCAACCACAACUACGGCAACUACAACCACAACAGCUGAUCCAACUACAACAACAGUAGCUCCAACCAUAACAACAGCUGCUCCAACCACAACUACGGCAACUACAACCACAACAGCUGAUCCAACUACAACAACAGCAGCUCCAACCACAACAACAGCUGCUCCAACCACAACUACGGCAACUACAACCACAACCACAGUUCCUCCAACCACAACAGCUUCUCCAACCACAACAACAACUGCUCCAACCACAACAACAGCUGCUCCAACCACAACCACAACUGCUCCAACUACAACAACAGCUGCUCCAACUACAACUACAGCUGCUCUAACUACACGACCCAGUUGCUCCCACCUCAACCACAACAGCUCUAACCAUAAACACAACUCCAACCACUACAAUAGCAUCUCCAACCACAACAGUGGCUACAUCCACAACCACAGAUGCUCCAACCAAACCAACGACUACUCCAACAACACCAACAACUCCUGUGACUACUACAACUACAACAACUCCAGCUCCUCCUCCAGUUAUGAUGUUAUCUACAGAGCAAGAUAUGGAAUUUUCUUCAUCCGGAGUUUUGUCAUUGCCUUCAGACCUGCCGUCACCAGGUUACGAAUGAAUGGUACUCAAGCAGAGGUGGGCGUAGAGUUCAAUAUAACCACACCAGCUGAGACAAUCCCAAAGGCUGAAGAGGUUCAACAAACACUAAAGGAGGCCGUGAAUAACCCCAACAUCACUUUGAAUGUCACAUUCGACGCGGCUUCCAUUCAAAUCAUACGUAAGAACAAAAUAAACGGCUCUAUCAUCAAUGAAAUGGAGCUUCGAUUUGCAUCUGCAUCUGCUCCUACUGGCUCCGAAAUUGCACAAGUUUUGGUGAACGCAGCUUCAAACAUCACUGCCUUCACCAUUGAUACUACUAGCAUUUCUGUCGACGGAACACAAGUGUCAAGUGGAGCAAGCCACAAGAUCAGCCUCAUCAUGGCUUUCUGCGUGUGUAAUAUAAUAAAAACACUUUUCCAACAUAAACCAACCGACAGCAAGUACAACGCUGAUGGUUGCACAGCUUGCAAUCACAUCUGCACCAACCACGACAACAGCUGCUCCAACCACAACUACAGAAGCUCCAACCACAACUACAGAAACUCCAACCACAACCACAGCUGCUCCAACCACAACAACAGCUGCCACAACCAUGACAACAGCUGCUCCAACCACGACAACAGCUACUCCAACCACAACAACAGCAGCUUCAACCACAACAACAGCUGCUCCAACCACAAGCACAGCUCCUCCAACCACAACAACAGCAGCUCCAACCACAACAACAGCAGCUCCAACCACAACCACAUCAGCUCCAACGACUACAACAGCUGCUCCAACCACAACUACAGAAGCUCCAACCACAAUCACAGCUGCUCCAACCACAACAGCUGCUCCAACCACAACAGCAGCUCCAACCACAACAACAGUGUCUACAACCACAACUACAACAGCACCAACCACAACAGCUGCUCCAACUACAACAACAGCUGCUCCAACCACAACUACAGCUUCUCCAACCACAACAACAGCUGCUCCAACCACAACAGCAGCUCCAACUACAACCACAACAGCUGCUCCAACUACAACAGUUGCUCCAACCACAACCACAGCUUCUCCAACCACAACUACAGCUUCUCCAACCACAACAACACCUGCUCCAACUACAACCACAGCUGCUCCAACCACAACAACAGCUUCUCCAACCACGACAACAGUGUCUCCAACCACAACCACAACAGCACCAACAGCAACAGCUUCAACCACAACAACAGCGGCUCCAACCACAAUUACAGCGGCUCCAACCACAACAGAAGUUCCAACCACAACAGCAGGUCCAACCACAACUACGGCGGCUCCAACCACAACUACAGCAGCUUCAACCACGACCUCAGAUUCUCCAACCAGAACUACAGCUGCUCCAACCGCAAUUACAGCGGCUCCAACCACAACAGCAGCUCCAACCACAACAACAGCGGCUCCAACCACGACCACAGAUGCUCCAACUACAACCAUAGCCGUUCCAAAAUUAAUAAGACAACUGAGUUUCACGUCUAAUGAAAAUUUUACUCCUGAUUUGGGUGACCCAUCAUCAGAAGCAUUCAGAGCACGCUCUGACAAAAUUAAAAAGACACUCGAACCAGUCUUCAAACGAACACUCCAUGCCUUUUAGGGGUGGGACGCAUUAUGUUCAGUGCGGGAUCAAUCAUCACCUCAGUGGACCUUGAAUUUGAGUCAUCAUCAACUCCUAAUGAUACACUUAUCUCAGAAACGAUGGUUACUGAGGCUUCAAAUAUUACAGAAUUUAAUGUGGAUGUUACAACCAUCUCUGUCAGCAAUCCAGAUCCAACAACAACCACAGCUGCUCCAACCACCACCACUGCUGCUCCAACCACAACAACAGCUGCUCCAACAACAACCACA